AAAUGUUGUUUCAGCUAGCAUUAGAGCAACCAGGUGACAAAGCCACGUGUUUAUUGAUGUGUCUGGCUUCCCCUCAGUGCACAAUGUGGCGGAUGAAGACAAGCACAGGCAUAAACAAAGCUUGUGAGCAGAGAGCAGGUGAACACACAAGGGAUUAUAAACAAAUGACUUUCUUUUUUUUUUUUUUUUUUUUGAAAAUGCCAGGAAAAAAGACAAAGAUGUUUUUUUGUUUUUUUUAAAUAACUGCGACCAAACGUAUGGCUCUCAGAUUUGUGUCAUAUAACAUGUAAAAACAAAUGAGCAUGGUCUUUUCAGGUCACCUACAUUUCAGGGCUCUCCAAAAAUGUUUGCACAUCUGUUAAACAUAAAUAAAAAUCCUUAAAAUAAACUUGUUUUUGAUGCAGCAGCAGCAUAAUUUCAUAGUGAAAAUGUAUAUUUAUUCAGUGGUGAUAAAAUACCUUGUUAAACAAUAACUCUUUUUAACAAAACUGGCAGCAGCACACUAUCACCAAUGAUAGCAAGGUUGUUUCAUAUUUGAUAACGUUCAAAUAUGUAAUGCAAGAUGUUGCCUUAAGAAAAACAUUUCUCCAGUAGUGAAUAAUGUUCUGCCAGUGUUUGUUGAGAUUUGCAAAUUAAUGAAACACUUACUUUGUUUUUCUCCUUAACUGUACAGAAAAAAACUGCUAAAUCUUUUAUUUUUAGGGUGGAUUGAGUGAAAGCUGCACAGUUUUCCCUUAGAAACUUUCAUGUACUUCUGAAGCUCAGCAAACCAAAUUUAUCCAGAAUAAAGAAAGGGUCGGAGGUUAAGCUUCUCUGCAUGGCACACGGAUUAUCUUCUUAUGUUUUGAGCAAUUACUCAAAUGAAACACCAGGCAUAUUCGUUGGUGUGACCUUAUCAGAAAAGUCACCUCUGAAUCUGACAUUUCUGCCGUCUUUGGCAACUUCACAGAAACACUAAAGUGUCCUGCAAAAGUAUUCAUACCCAGCAGAUAUUCUUACAUUAUCCACACCACUCAGUGUGUUUUAUUAGAAUUUGGUGUGAUGGACCAUCAGAAAGUAGCACUUGAUUGCGAUGUUGGGUGAAAAUGAUGCUUGGCUCUCUUUCCAAGGCUGAAAUGAAAUUCAGGGUAAUAAAUUCACCUCACAAGUCACACAUUACAAUUUUCAUAUUGAAAAAUAGUGCCGGCAGUACCAUGCUGCAGAGAAAAGCAACCCAAAGAUGUAUCUUUGGGUUUUCCAACUACUCUAGUAGUAGUUGUCCUACUACUAGAACUACUAGAUCUACAACAGACUGGGUUAAAGCAUAUCCAUGUGCUAAUAUGGCUCAAUUAAAGUCCAGACCCCAAUACAUCUUUGAAUAUGUGGCAAAUUUAAAGUUCAUGCUCGCAGAUGCUCUCUAUUCAAUCUGAAUUAACUUGAUUUGGUUGGUAAAGACAUUUUUGCAUAUAUUUUAGUCCCUAGCAGAAAAAUGUGUUCCUGUGACUCAGGGGGAUGAGGUGCAUGCCACAGAUUUUUAUUUGUAAAAUAUCCUGCAAAGCAAGCAUUUUUGCUCCACUUGACAAUUACUUUCUUACGUUGGUGUACAAAUAUGAAAUGUGUUGAUGUUUGUGGUGACAGCUGAAGUUUGAGGGGUUUGAAUUAUCUGGUAUUAUUCUGGAGUGGCUUUGAUAAAUUGAGGAUGAAACUGUGCACAGACGGACUUCAAGGACUUCUCUAACUAAGCUCGUUUCCCCCCAAUCCUAUAAAAGCUGGUUUGAGCUGAUAAACUGGCUAAUAUGGAGCAACAGUUCCAUUGGCUCUGACAGCAGACUGAGAUGAAUUGCUUUUUCUAUCAGGAAUUAGGGUCUUCUGCCGCCAGGAAGUUUCUAAAAGCAGGUCAGCGUCAUUAAGCGGACGGCGUGUGUUGCGCUCGUCUCUGCUGUCCCUGCGCACUGGAGACUCUCCCCACACCAUUCCCCAGUGUUUUGGUGCUCAGUGCUCACACCUGAAGUGGCAGAGCCGAGCUCAGAGCGCACAGAGCUGGGUUUGGAGAGCCAGACAGCGGGAAAAGAUAUUUCCAGGGAGGAAGGAUGCGCGCAUAUGGCGAGAGUUGGACGGGUUCGUUGCGAAUGAAUUUCUCCUCUGGGAGCUCCGUUUAUUUAAAAAGAAAUCACACGCGUUAAGCGUUUCUGCACGCUGCCCUUCCUUCCCGCCUGCCGUCCGAGGCUCUUCGAAGCACCAUGCGAGCCGGAGAGACGCGCCUUGUGCCAUGUUGAACAGCUCCGGGACCCUCCUGCUGGCUCUGACCGCGGUGGCCGCACUUCUCCCGCCAUGCCGAGGCUGGAGCGACGAGGACCUCCUCCUGCCGCCCAUCAACUCCUCCAACAGGUUCCUGGCCAACCUGGAGGUGGACGUGCGCUUCUCCAAGAGGUCCGUGGAGGAGAGCGACGCCUCGCCCGAAGCAUCCCCGCUGCAGAGCCUCGCUCCCGCGCAGUCCCAGUGCAACGUGACGGUCCACAGGCUGCUGCCCACCUCGCUGGUGGCCCGCUGGGACAGCAGCUUCGGCUUCCAGUGUGACGUGCUCGUCUACACCACCAACAACCACGGCCGGGCGUUCUUCUCCGCCUCCUUCAACCGGGCCAUCUCACCCGUGGUGAUCGAGCACCUCGGGGUCACCGGGGGUCAGCAGGAGAUGAGGCUGUGCGUGGGUUGCGGGAUGUCCCGGUACCGCCGCUUCGGCCAGGGCCGGUCGAAGGGACAGCAGAGCGGGGACCAGGUGGCUUUCUGCUGCGUGGAUUUCAGCCUGGACGAGCUGAGGGGGGACAAAAGUUGGAGGCUGAACAGGAAGCCCAUCGAGUCGACACUUGUGGCUUGUUUCAUGACUCUGGUCAUCAUCGUGUGGAGUGUUGCUGCUCUCAUAUGGCCGGUACCGAUCAUUGCAGGGUUUCUGCCUAACGGUAUGGAGCAGAGGAGACCCAGAUAACUGAGAAACCCACUACACUAAAGGGCUAUUCCGCUGCAUUUAACGACCCCAGCCGUCAUAAAUCUGAAUAAUAAGGAUGGUCAGAUUCCACCAAGAUUAUUUUAGAUUUAUUGCAGUCUAUCAAAUACAAGUUGGGAUUUGUGAAACCUUUGUGAAAUGUCAUGAAUGAGCAAUUUUAAGGUUUAUUUUACACGAGAACCCGUCACAAAUCAUACGACCAAGACGAUUAUUCUAGCUUUACGAAGCCUGUAUUUAAUUCAUAAAAAAAAAAAACAUUAAAUACAGAUUAUGUAAAACAUAAUUUCUGAUUGGUUGAUUCAGUUUAAACAAAAAUAAUAAAGAAAAGAAACUAUUUUGAGGUUUGUUUUGACAUCACUAAGCUAAUUUUCAAACUGGAUCACGUUUGAUAAAUUAUGCCACAUAGACAGCUCAAACCAGGACAUGACUAUUCUAAGACAAAUUUUAUGAAAAUAUAAGCUGUGGUUUUGCAGUCCUAAUUGUUUGUCUCUAAAAACAGAGAGACAUUUCUCUCUUUUUUUUUUUUUGCUCAGAGACCAUCUAACCUGGGCUCCGGCGUGAAGAUUACAAAACCUGGACAAUUAAAUCCUAUAGAGAACAACCCUACACUGCUGAUACAGUGUAUGAUAGGAGGAUUUUCUGAAACUCAGUUUCAGAAAAUGCAGAAAAUAUAGAGCUGUUGUAAGGUUUUGUUUUAUUUUUGUUUGUUUAAUUUAUUUAUUUAUUUUGCUUGAGACCAGUUUACAUGACUUCCUUCCUGACAUUUUAUAGAACAUUUUUACAUUAAUGGUUGCACUAUGUGUAAUUUCUGAUUCAAAUUUGCUAAGACUCCAAAAAGAGUCAAUUGAAGGCUUUUUUUUUCCAUAAGACCAACUUAUUUAGUUGAAAAGUUGAAAAGUACACCACUUAAACAGCUCACAUCUGAAUAAAAUAUGUUUUUUCAUAUGUGAACCCAGUUGUAAAAACAACUUUUAAAAAACCUCAUUUUAAAGCUUCAUUUUGGCUCAGUAUCACUUUAAAUUAGGUUCAUUUAAUAAUUAAAACCUAUAAUUACUAUACACUGACGACCGACGAGCCUGGACGAGUCCAUACUUUCUCUGUGUGAUCCAAUUUUCAAGUUGGAGCUCAUGCAAAUUAUUUUUGGACCGUAAACAAAUAAGGUUUCAUGUUCCAAAGAUCCCAACAUAUUAUGUUUCUAGAUUAUAUCUUUAGAGCAGCAUAGUUGUCUUCAUGUUCAACUGUCUAGGUAUGUAAUCAUAAAGCUGGAUCUGAAAUGUAAGAUGCUACAAACUUUUUCUUCUGUAAAAGGUUUGAAGAAAAGUUUCACUGAUAACAAAGUAUCUGUCCUUUAGUGCAGAAUAAUGCUGUAAAAGUCUGAGCUCUCUUGGUGGUGUAAUUUUCUAGCUGUAGCCCAUAUAAGGUGUUCUAGGGUGAAAAAAAGGUACAUUUGAGAUUUUAAGUUUCCAACUAGAGUAGAUCAAAGGUAUUCCUGACUUGUUAAAUGCAGUAAAAUAGCCCAGCCAAGUGCUGUCGGACGCUGACUUCAGUGUGUUG